AUGGGUGCUGCGUUCGACAUUAGAUUGUUGUCUUUUGAAGCAUCUUCUAAAAUCAAAGUCAUUAAGGAGGUAAGGAGUUUCUGCAGUUAUUUGGGUCUUAAGGAAGCUAAGGAACUAGUGGAGAACUCUCCUUGUGUUUUGAAAGUUGGAGUGUCGAAAGAAGAAGCUGAGGAGAUGGUAGAGAAGUUGAAGGCAAUUGGUGCAAAAGCUUUGAGCUUUAUGUGA